UGGUUUUUGUUUGUUUUUACAGAAGGAUUGCUUUCGAGGGGCGAGAGCACAAAAGCUGCUAAUGAGAAUCAGUCCUUCCGGGUCAGUGUCUUCGUCGCAACAUGGAAUGUAGGAGGCAAAUCUCCGGACAGCAAACUCAACCUCGAUGAUAUUCUUCUUCGUAAAGAAUCAGACAUUUAUGUGUUGGGUUUUCAGGAAAGUGUUCCGUUGAAUGCUGGAAAUGUGCUAGUUAGCGAGGAUAACGAGCCCGCAGUGAAAUGGCUCGCCUUAAUAAACCAGUCAUUUAACAAGGUGAACUAUGUACCUUUGAGAGGAUCGAAAUCCAUCUCUUCUCCAGGGGGUUCUCUGGUUUUUCCGAAAACUUCGCUUAGAAAGGCCAGCAAGGCUUUGAGGACUGAGAGUAAGCGAAGGCUGAAGAGUUGCAACUGCCCUACGGACUUGGAAAGGAAGAACAGCAAAGAAUUCUGUUUCCGGUGUCCACAAUCUCAAACGAAUGAAAAUGAUAUUUCGUCUGAAGAUGAUGAAGACGGCUCUAGCAACUUAAUGCCUACACCUGGUGCAAACUCCAUGAAGUAUAGCCUUGUAGCAAGCAAGCAAAUGGUUGGAAUUUUUCUCACGGUUUGGAUGAGGAAAGAGCUUGUACAAUAUGUAAGCCACAUGCGGAUUUCCUGUGUAGGUUGCGGAAUCCUCGGAUGCCUUGGAAACAAAGGUUGUAUUUCGGUGAGUAUGCUUUUCCACAAGACAAGCUUUUGUUUCUUGUGCAGUCAUUUGGCGUCUGGAGAGAAAGAAGGUGAUGAACGCCGGAGAAAUUCAGAUGUCACAGAGAUACUCCGGAACACGCAGUUCCCGAGGAUCUGCAAAACGAUGAACAGUAGGGUGCCAGAAAAAAUUGUGGAUCACGAUCGGGUCAUAUGGCUAGGGGAUUUGAACUACAGGAUAGCUUUAAGCUACUCUGAUACCCGAAAGCUACUAAAAGAGGAAGCCUGGGAUGCACUGUAUGACAAUGAUCAGCUGAAGAACGAAAUGGAGGCGGGUCGAGUAUUCAACGGAUGGAAAGAAGGAAAAAUAUACUUUGCACCAACUUACAAAUACUCUCUUAACUCGGACAUUUAUGCCGGAGAAACAAUUGAAACCAAAAGCAAAAGGAGAACUCCAGCCUGGUGUGAUAGAAUACUAUGGCGCGGAAGCGAAAGCUGCAUGAGUCAGCUUUCGUAUGAAAGGAAGGAAUUAAGGUUUUCCGAUCAUGGGCCGGUUUGUUCUAUAUUUUCGGUGAGCGUUGAAGCGAUGGAAGAUGGAUCAAAGAAAAGAUCACCUUUAAUUAAAUAUAAACAAUAAUAAAGAAUAAUUGCA